AAGGGGGAAAGCUUUGCAAGUGAAGCCAGAAACAGAGUAAUGCGGAAGACGAUGACUCAUGUGUUUUUGCUGUGCUGUUUGCUGUUUCUUUUGCCUGUGGAAUCCUGCAGGACUUCACGCCAGGUUACCAGCAGAAUCAAGGAUCAGCUACCUUCUGGGCCAAAUGAUGUGUGUGAUGGUGUCUGCCUGGACGAUUCCCACUGCAGUCAGCCUUGCCCUCCUGACACAAAGGGAAAUAUGGGUUUUUUAUGCAGGCAGAAGCAGUGGCGUAAGAUCAAUGACACCUGCCGGACUCUUGAUGCCUUUAACAUCUUUGAGGCAACAAACUCAGUAUCUAUCCAGUCGUCUGGAAGUCAUAUAAAACUCCACGAAUUCUCUGUGAAGUCUGAGACCAUUGCGGAGAAGUUGUGGCGAAGGUGUCCAGAGGAUUUGUCCUGUGUAACGAGAAAGAUUCAGCAGUCCCCUCUGAUCCCAGGAAACAUUGCGGUCAUUGUACAACUCCUACACAACAUAUCAACUACUCUACAAGUAGGAGCCAAUGAAGCAAAGAUGAGAAGUUACAGCAUCAUGGCCAAUCACAUUCUUAACAGUAAGAGCAUCUCAAACUGGACCUUUAUUCCUGACAGAAACAGCAGCUGUGUCUUGUUACACUCAGUGAACUCCUUUGCCAGGAAUCUAUCUAUACAUGAACAUCCUCUCAACAUAUCAGAGGCCUUCAUUCAUACGAUGGGCACCACUUUAUCCAAAGAUGUCAAUGGAAAGAAGUUCAACUUUUCAAUGAAAGUUAAUGACACCAAGAAUGAGGUCACUGGGAGGGUGCUGAUCCAUAGAGAUGAACUUGAGAAGUUGCCUUCCCCAUCUCAGAUGAUCAGUAUUGCAUUUCCAACUCUUGGGGCCAUCUUGAAAGCCAGUUUUUCUGAAAACAUCACUGUAAAUGGACUUGUCCUGUCUGUCAUUUUGCCCCAGGAACUUAACAAAAUUUCGCUGAUUUUCGAAAAGAUCAUCAAGUCAGAUGACAAGAGGACACAAUGUGUUGGCUGGCACUCCUUGGAGAACAGAUGGGACCAAAAGGCUUGUAAAAUGAUUCAAGAAAAUUUCAAGCAAGCUAUUUGCAAAUGUAGGCCAAGCAAAUUGUUCACCUCUUUCUCAAUUCUUAUGUCACGCCACAACUUGGAGAGCCCAGUCCUGACUUACAUCACGUACAUAGGUCUGGGCAUUUCUAUCUGCAGCUUGGUCCUCUGCUUAUGUAUUGAGGCCUUUGUCUGGAGUCAAGUGACAAAGACAGAGAUCUCUUAUUUACGCCAUCUGUGCAUUGCUAAUGUGGCGGCCACUUUACUGAUGGCUGACAUAUGGUUCAUUGUGGCUUCAUUUUUUAGUGGUCUAGUGACAGAGCACAAUGCAUGUGUGGCAGCAACAUUUUUUGUUCAUUUCUUUUAUCUUUCUGUGUUCUUCUGGAUGCUGGCCAAGGCACUCCUCAUCCUCUACGGAAUCCUGAUAGUUUUCCAUACGCUACCCAAGUCCGUUUUGGUGGCAUCUCUUUUUUCCGUGGGCUACGGGUGUCCUUUGAUCAUUGCUGUUAUCACAGUUGCUGCCACUGAGCCUGGCAGAGGCUACUUACGGCCUGAAGCCUGUUGGCUCAAUUGGAACAUGACCAAAGCCCUUCUGGCCUUUGUGGUUCCUGCUUUGACCAUUGUAGUUGUAAACCUGAUCACUGUCACGUUGGUGAUUGUCAAGACUCAGCGAGCUGCCAUCGGCAGUUCAAUGUUCCAGGAAGUGAGAGCCAUUGUGAGAAUCAGUAAGAAUAUUGCCAUCCUCACACCUCUACUAGGACUGACCUGGGGAUUUGGAAUAGCCACAGUAAUUGAUGAUACCUCCUUGACUUUUCACAUUAUCUUCUCCUUGCUCAAUGCGUUCCAGGGUUUCUUCAUCUUGGUGUUUGGAACUAUCCUGGACCCAAAGAUAAGAGAAGCUUUAAAGGGUCGGAUAACCUCUGCCAAAUGGAUCUCCAGAAUAUCAGAGAAUCUCUCUUCUGACUUCUCCUGUCACCCCACCAAAGGGCCAAGCUAACAAACCAGUUGGCUUGACUUGGGAGGUCAUACAGUCCAGGAAUGACGGAUUCCCCAGGAGAAGAGUGCUUACUCCUAUCUUUAUGCCUCUGGGGAGUCUGAAGAAAGCCUCCCACACUGUGAAUGCUGAUGGAGGAGGUUGUGAAGUAUGAGCAGAACGAAGGCCUCUCUGCUUAAGCUGUUCUCUGCUAC